CGGAGCCUCGGGUCAGCGGACCUCGCUCCCGCCGGCGACAUGGUUCAGGGAAAGGCUUUGAGGAGGAGAGGGACGUGGGCCGAUGCGGGGCUCCAGAUAUCUUUGGAAACCUGCAGAGCCAGGACCUCAAGACGGAGGCUGCUGGGGGGCGGGGCUUGAGAAACGCCCCUGGACCGACCUCAGGAGCCUCAGGCGGAGGGAUGCCUGUCUUUCUUCCCUCCUUACCUUCUCCUGCCCUCCUUCCUUGCUCCUUCUUCCCUCCCUCUCUCCUUCCUUCCUUCUAUCCUGCCUGUCCUAGGUGCUGGAACCGAAAGGCGGUCCUGGGAGUGCAGCUGGUGGUGACCCUGCUCACCGCCACCCUCAUGCAUAGGCUGGCACCUCACUGCUCCUUCGCACGCUGGCUGCUCUGCAACGGCAGUCUCUUCCGAUACAAGCAUCCUACUGAGGAAGAGCUUCGGUCCCUGGAGGGAAAGCCGAGGCCCAGAGGCAGGAAGGAGCGGUGGGCCAAUGGCUAUAGUGAAGAAAAGCCCCUGUCUGUGCCCCGAGACGCCCCUUUCCAGCUGGAGACCUGCCCCCUCACAGCAGUUGAUGCCCUCGUCCUGCGCUUCUUCCUGGAGUACCAGUGGUUCGUGGACUUCGCCGUGUACUCGGGCGGCGUGUACGUCUUCACAGAGGCCUACUACUACGUGCUGGGCCCGGCCAAGGAGACCAACAUCGCCGUGUUCUGGUGCCUGCUCACCAUCGCCUUCUCCAUCAAGAUGUUCCUGAUGGUGACCCGCUUGUACUUCAGCACCGAGGAAGGGGGCGAACGCUCUGUCUGCCUCACCUUUGCCUUCCUCUUUCUGCUCCUGGCCAUGCUGGUACAGGUGGUCCAGGAGGACACUCUCGAGCUGGGGCUGGAGCCAGGCCUGGCCAGUAUGACCCAGAACUUGGAGCCACUUCUGAAGACACAGGGCUGGGACUGGGCGCUCCCACUGGCCAAGCUGGCCAUCCGCAUAGGGCUGGCAUUCGUGGGGUCCAUGCUAGGUGCCUUCCUCACCUUUCCGGGCCUGCGGCUGGCCCAGACACACCUGGAUGCACUGACCAUGUCGGAAGACCGGCCCACACUGCAGUUCUUUCUUCAUAUCAGCUUCCUGUCCCCUCUGAUCAUCCUGUGGCUCUGGACCAAGCCCAUUGCACGAGACUUCCUGCACCAGGCACCACCUGGGGAGAUGCCCUUCUCCCUGCUGUCGGACUCAGCCUUCGACUCCCUGCGCCUCUGGGUGCUGGUGGCACUGUGCCUGCUAAGGCUGGCAGUGACCAGGCCCCACCUGCAGGCCUACCUGUGCUUGGCCAAGGCCCGCGUGGAGCAGCUGCGCCGGGAGGCCGGCCGCAUAGAGGCCCGCGAGAUCCAGAGGCGGGUGGUGCGAGUCUAUUGCUACGUGACGGUGGUGAGUCUGCAGUACCUGACGCCGCUCAUCUUCACCCUCAGCUGCACCCUGCUGCUCAAGACACUGGGCGGCUACUCCUGGGGCCCGGGCCGGAUCCCCGUGCAGUCCCGGACCCCGUCCUCCACCCACGAUCGCCUGGGGGGCCUGGGGGACGACGAGGCCCAGCAGACAGCGGCGCUGAUCGCUGGGGCCCUGGGCAGCCUGCUCACGCCCCUCUUCCUCCGCGCCAUCCUCACCUUCCUCAUCUGGUGGACAGCCGCCUGCCAGCUGCUCUCCAGCCUCUUCGGCCUCUACUUCCAGCGGCACCUGGCGGGCUCCUAGCCGCCCGCAGACACUCCUGGGGCCCCGAGGCCCGGGCCUGAGCCAGCGGUGUAAGGGCCGCUUCCUCCGCGUGUGCCUCAGUAUCCUCCGGUGCCAGGUGGGCCUGGGGGGCCCCCGCAGCACCUGCUGUGCCCGCCCACUUCACCGCAGUGCCUGAGCCCUGGGCCCCUUGGGUCCCAUGUUUCUGCCUCAAAACUCUUGCCCUGGGCCCCGUGCCAGAGGAUCCCAGGGCCAUUGUCCCUGGAUGGCAUGCCCCCGCGCCCCGCUAUUUGACGCACAGGUUGGAGGGUCAUUCUUCUGAACAAAUAAAAGAACAGGCUGAUUUUUACUAUCA